UCUACAUUUUUCUAUGACUACGAACCUAACCUAUUGAAAAAUCAAUAAUUGACAAUUAAAAUUACAAAACAAUUUUCAAUAAUUAUGAAUAAAUGAGCAUAUAAUACUAUAUCAGGAACAAGAUUUAGGAAUUUUAAAUAUUUAAGAUGAUUUUUGGAUCUUCCUCCAUCUUCAUUAUAUUCAUAGCUGCGAUCCAAACAGCAUACACCAGCAGUUUAGAACACGAUGGUUCUUUAUUUGUUAAACUCGAACAUUAUCUGGACGAGAAUAAUGAACCAGUUGAACGAGGCAACAUUUCAGUUCAGAGCAUCAGAAUCGGUCAAACUCAAGUAUAUCAAAACAUACUGAAUCCUCAACAAUCUCAGAUGCUGCGUAAUCUAGCUUCUUCGAACAGUUUCUAUCAGAUAAGAGCGAUUGCGAAUGGAAAGCCUUACAUAUCGUCUGUUAAAGCUUGUAUGCUGGCUGAAGCUGAAUUGGAUGACCGUCUAUCCAUAUCCUUAGAUUACGCUGGCAGAGUCGUUGCUGUUUCCCAGAUUAUCGCGUCUAAAUCUUCAUGUGAGGGGGCUACUGUACCUUUGGAUAAAUUGAAAUAUUUCACAACGAACGUUUAUGUCAGGCAUGCUGAGAUGGGUCCGAUUCCUGACACAGCUUCCUAUAUCCAGAGGAUAGAGAGAGAACGAGAGGCGAAAGAAAGGGGAGAAGGAAAGGAUAACAGGUCUUUGUUUGCCAAAUAUUGGAUGUAUAUCAUACCAGUUGUGGUAGUGUUGGUUAUUUCCUCUGCAACGAACGUAGAAAAUGGGGGUGCUGGAGCAGCAAAUUAAUUUAUUUACAUUAUGUUCGUUCCAGUAGGAUACGGGAUAUAUGAUAUAUUUAUGAGUGAAAUCAAACCUGGAUUAAUUUUAUUUCUGUUUACCAAUUAUUGACUAAGUGAAACCAUGAUACCUGUGUCUUUAGUAAUAUUUUCAUAGUUAGAAUACUGUCCUCUAACAAACUGUAAGAUUAAAUGAAGUUGAAAAUGGAUGAACAUUUCACAAGAAAGUGGUCGGCAUGGAAAUAAAGUAUGAAAGGAUA